CAAAACACUAACCAUUAAUACACCAGUCCGGUUCAGCCUACAUUAUCGGACUACGUUUGCGAGUAAAAAAUAGUGUGUCUUACAAAUUUUAUGAAUUAAAAGAAAUCCCGAAGCGGUUCAUGAGUUUUUAAAUCCGACAAUAUGUCUAAAAGUUUUGGAGAUGACCUCUUUGAGGUAUUUGAUGAGGAACCAACGUCCGUUCUAAAGAACGAUAAUAGCACGUCCACGAUCAAACGGAAAUCUUCUCAGUCUGAUAACGGUGAAAAUGAUGAACAAGAACCAAAAAAGCCCAAAUCCAUUUUUGAUAAAAUUAAUGAAGUUAAAGAUGAAUACGUGACUAUUGCGGAGGACGCUCCAAAGGAGUCGACGGAAGAGGUGAAGCAGAGCUUUAGAGUUGACCAAAUUUAUCAAACGGAGGAUUGUACCCACGAAGUAGUUUUACCUGGCGAAGCCGAAUUAGAUUCUCUGAAAGCUGGAGAAAAACCGGCUAAGGAAUACAAGUUUAAUUUAGACACUUUUCAAAAGCAAGCUACAAUGUGUCUGGAAAAUUCUCAAUCAGUCUUAGUGUCAGCUCACACUUCAGCAGGAAAAACAGUUGUAGCUGAAUACGCAAUAGCAAUGUCUUUUCGCAAUAAGCAGAAGGUUAUUUAUACAACACCUAUCAAGGCUCUCUCGAAUCAGAAGUUCCGGGAAUUUCAAGAAGAAUUUCAAGAUGUUGGCCUUAUGACUGGAGAUACAACAAUUAAUCCUAAUGCAUCUUGUUUGAUUAUGACAACAGAAAUUUUGCGUAGUAUGUUAUACAGAGGAUCGGAAUUAACGAGAGAAGUGGCCUGGGUUAUUUUUGAUGAAAUUCAUUAUAUGAGAGAUAAGAUGCGAGGAGUUGUUUGGGAAGAAACAAUUAUUCUACUCCCUGAUAAUGUACGAUAUGUCUUCCUCUCUGCCACUAUUCCAAAUGCUCGCCAAUUCGCAGAAUGGAUAGUCUUUCUGCAUAAGCAACCCGUUCAUGUUGUAUAUACAGAAAAACGUCCUGUACCCCUUCAGCAUUAUGUGUAUCCAUCAGGUGGAGAUGGAGUUCAUCUUGUGCUCAAUGAAAAAGGACAAUUUAAAGAGGACAAUUUGUCAGUUGCAAUGGACACUUUAGCGAAAGCAGGAGAAGCGGGAAUGGGUGAUCAAAGGGGAAGGAGGGGUGGAAACAGAGGACAGAAUGAGAGCAACGUGCUGAAAGUCGUCCGAAUGAUAACUGAAAAGAGUUUCACUCCAGUAAUUAUUUUUUCAUUUUCAAGAAAAGAAUGCGAAGAGCAUGCUGUUCAAUUAUCAAAGUUGGACUUGAACUCUGAUACAGAAAAAGAGCACGUUGAAAAAGUUUUUAAAAAUGCGAUGAUGUAUUUAAGUGACGAAGAUAGAAAAUUACCCCAAGUUGACAAUGUGCUACCUUUACUAAAAAAGGGCAUUGGAAUACAUCAUUCUGGUUUGUUACCUUUAUUGAAAGAGACGAUUGAAAUUCUCUUUGGUGAAGGCUUAAUCAAAGCUUUAUUUGCCACGGAAACUUUUGCUAUGGGAUUAAAUAUGCCUGCAAAAACUGUUGUCUUUACACAAACAGAAAAGUUUGAUGGUGUUGAUGUUCGCCCAUUAACAUCAGGAGAGUAUAUACAGAUGAGUGGACGAGCUGGUCGAAGAGGAUUAGAUGAAAAAGGUAUAGUCAUCAUGAUGAUGAAACAGAGAGUUACACCAGCCGAAGUGAAAAAUAUGCUUGGGGGAGCUGCUGAUCCUCUGAAUUCAGCUUUUCAUCUCACAUACAAUAUGGUUUUAAAUCUAAUGAGAGUAGAAGAAGUAAAUCCAGAAUAUAUGUUAGAAAGGUCAUUUUAUCAAUUUCAAAACUAUAGCUCUUUACCUGCUCUAGAAAGACAAUUAAAAGAUCUAGAAAUGAAGUAUGUUUCAUUUAAAAUUCCAAGAGAAAGUGAAAUAGAAAGCUAUCAUAAGUUGAGAAGACAAUUAAAACACCGCGAAAAAGAAUUACUGUCCUACACUCAAAAAGCUAAAUAUAUAGUUCCUUGGUUAAAAGUUGGUCGUUUAAUCGAAGUGAAACAUGAUGAUACAUAUUUUGGUUGGGGAGCAGUUGUCAAUGUCUAUCAGAAAACAUUAAAGGAAGAUGUAACGGAAAGACGUUACUUUGUUGAUGUUAUGUUAGAUUUAGAUCCUUCUUGUUUGAGAAAUUUUAAACAAGGAGGUAAUCCAAAACCUUCUGACGGAAAAAAUGGUGAAAUGUGUGUUAUUCCAAUUACGUUAAAAACAAUACAAGCCGUUAGCCAGAUUCGUAUUCUACUUCCUGAUGAUCUGAAAUCUAAAGAUAAGAGACAACGCGUAAAAAAAGAUAUAGAUGAAGUUAGACGACGUCAAAAAGAUGGUAUACCUCUCCUCGAUCCCCAGGAAGACUUUGGCAUUAAAGAGGAAGGCUUUAAAGAAGUGCUGAAAAAGAUAGAAGCUCUUGAGAAACGGUUGUACUCUCAUGUCUUAACAAAUGAUUCUCAAUUAGAAGAUUUGUACAACUUAUUUGAAUCCAAAAUGUCCAUUGGUGAUGAAGUAAGAAAAAUUAAAAGUCAGUUAAAAGCAAAGAAAAGUCUACUGCAGAUGGAAGAAUUAAAAUGCCGUAAAAGAGUUCUCCGACGAUUAGGCUAUGCCACGGCACAAGAUGUAAUUGAGAUCAAAGGAAGAGUUGCUUGUGAGAUUGACUCUGUUGAUGAAUUAUUGGUUACUGAACUUCUUUUUGAAAAUAUGUUUGAUGAUCUCUCUCCAUCAGAAGUUGCAGCCGUUAUGAGUUGUUUUGUAUUUGACGAGAAGUGCUCAGAAAUGCCUAAGCUAACAGAUACUUUAUCAGGGACACUCAGGAAAAUCCAAGAAGCAGCAAGAAAGAUAGCUAAAGUUUGCAUUGAUGCGAAAAUCGAGUUAGAUGAAGAGGAAUAUGUUGAGAGAUUGAAACCAUACUUAAUGGAUAUUGUUUAUGCUUGGUGCGAGGGAGCUCAGUUUUCAAAGAUAUGCGAAAUGACAGAUAUUUUUGAGGGGUCAAUCGUUCGAUCUAUGCGUCGACUCGCAGAAGUUAUGCGUCAGUUAGUUUGUGCGGCAAAAGCAAUUGGCAACACGAAUCUUGAAAAUAAAUUUUCAGAAUCUAUUCGUUUGUUGAAGAGAGAUAUUGUCUUUGCUGCUAGCCUAUAUUUGUAA